CUUAAUAAAGAGAUAAUUCAAAGAAGAAUAACCAUACAAACAAAAUAAAUUUUAAAAAUGAGUUAGCAAUAACAGGCACAGUUUAAUUCUUAGUAUGGUGGGCCACAUCUAGGAAAUGGAAAUAAUGCUGAGGAGCAACCUCAAAAUGAAUAUGAAGAACACUAUUAGCACGAAGGCGAAGAGUACGAAGAAGCAAAUUAAAUCCACGAAUACGAGGAUAUCCAGUAGCAUCAUCUUCACGAUUAAUAUCAGCAUGAGGAAUAAUAAGAAUAGCUUGGAGAUCAGCAUGAUGAUCAUGAUUAAAAUCAUGAAAUUCAAUAUGAGUAGCAAAACAAUGUUUAGAAUAUUCAUGAGCUCUAAUAAAAAGAGUAUCUAUAGCAAAUGUAACAAUAGCAAUAAUAGUUAUAGUAGUAGCAGUAAUAGUAGUAGUAAAAUGGAUUCAAUAGAUAUUCGCAAUCUUCAUCUUAAGGAAUUUAAAAUAACUCUAGCUCUUCAGCUUAAAAUAUCCAAUCUAGUGCCUAGCCUUAGAGACAGUUUGCUCAUAUUCCUCCAAACACCUAGGUCUUUUAGCCUCCAUCUAUGUUCCCCUAGCAAUAGCAGCAAUAACAACAACAGUAAUAACCCCAGAUGCAAUAAAAUCGCUUAUCUGGUUCAAUUGAAGAAAACAAAUCAUUUUAGUAGUAGUAACAGUCUUUCACUCGUGAUUAAAAAAUAAAUUCGCCAAAUAAGUCAUCAAAGGAAGUCAUGUAGAGAGUAUUUGAUGAAGAGUAUUCAUCUUAAAACCGCUACAGAGACUAAAGAAGCAAUCAUUCAGAUUCUCAAAAAGAAGACCCUCUAAAUGUUAUGGCAUAUAAUUUAUCUAAGGUGAAAAUAAAUGAAUCAGCUAAUGAAUCUAGGUUAGGAGCAAAUUAAAAAUAAAAUAUAGAUAAAGCAAACAAUUCUUACUAGCAAAGUAGAAAUGAAGAUGGUAGCAAUUUAGAAUACAAUUAAAACUAGUAAUUUAACAAUUUGGAAGAGGGAGAAAAAAAUAACCAAGGAGAUAGUUAAAUUAACAUUAAUAACAAUAUUAUGCCAGAGUCUAUUGAUUUGAGUUUAUUUGAUUAAUGCUACAAGGAAUUCUUACAGCAAAUUGCAGGCGAUUAAGGUUUUGUAGAUGCCUCAUAUGAACAAAAAAUAGAUAUCUUAAUUAACUUCUUCUUAGAUCAACAACUUGAGUAUAGACUAGGUUCUUUAAUCUUCCUUUUUGAGCUAAUUUAUAAUUUUAGGGAAUCUCUUACUGAACAAGCUAUCACUUAAAUUCUUACUAAAAUAUACUUGAAUAUUCGUCAUUAUUAUGAAACUAAAGAUUUCUAUAUGGUAUAUUGUGCUCUUGAGAUUAUAGCCUUAAUUGGACCUCAUAGCAUCUCUUUCAAUAAUAUCAAAUUACUUGCUUCAAUUUUAAUUGAUGAAGCUCUCCCAAUUUUGCAAGAUAAAGCCUUCCUUGCUUUAGUUAACUUUGACUACCCAGGAUAUUUUGCUUUAUUAGAUAUUGCUAAUAAAGAAAUUAAUGAUAUUCAUAUCUACAUCAUGAACAAAUUCGCUCAAACCGAAGAAAUAUAAUUAUCUGUUAUCAUCCCUUCUCUCUAAAAUGAUAUAAACUCUGGAGAUUAAAAAAAGAGAAUAUCUUCUCUUUGUGCUCUUAAUCGUAUGCAUUCGAUGAUUUGGAAAGCAAACUCAUUACCUUUAUUAGUAAAUCUCCUUAACGAAGGUACUAUUGACCGCUAAUUAAUUGUCUCUACUAUUAGAGCUUGUGGAGAGCUUGGUGAACAUACUUUACUUAAGAUCCUUAAAUAAACUCCAAAUCAAAAGAUUAAAAUGGCUAUAAGCACAGUUUUAAGCUGGAGGGUUAACAAAAGUGAAAAAAAUAAAUUAGGUAUUCGUAUCGUUCCUUACAAUAUCGCUCAACAUUACAAUAUCAACCCAGGCACAAUGUGUAUUUAUUAUGGAAAUUAAACUCCAUUGGCUUUUGUUGAAGAAGACUACGAUAUUGAAUAGGAUUAUAUAGAAAUAAAUAGUAGGGAUUUCAUGGCUGCUCUAUAAAGACUACUAGCUGUGAAAUAUGACAAAUUUUAGGCUACUUAAGAAGGUUACCAAUAGCAGCGUCAUAAUUAUUCAGCUUUUUUGAAUGAUUUUACCUUAGUUAAACUCAUAGACCCCUCAGUAAAUAACGAAGAAGCAAACCCUUAAAUAUCUCAAAAUAUUAUUAAGGCUUUGUGUGGUAUGCUCAAUGAUGAAAAUGCAUAGGUUAGAGAAACAGCUGUAAGCACUUUAGGUUUAAUAGGGUUACCUGAAGCUCAAUAAGCAAUAGAGCCUCUUUAUGAAUCUUUGAAAGACCCAGAAAGCUAAGUAAGAGCAAUGGCUGCAUGGUGUCUUGGAAGAUUAGGUGAGGUUAAUCCUCCUAAAGUAGCUAAGCGCCUUAUUCAGCUAUUAAAAGAUAACUACUGGAAAGUAAGAACUGCUGCUUGUGUUUCUAUAGGAUCUCUAGGUAGUUAAAUAGCUGACAUCGCUUUCCCAGCUUUAACAAAAAUUUUAAGAGACGGGUCUAUUAACAAAGUCACUGUCUGUGAAACAUUGGUUAGACUUGGUGUAUAUGGAGAAUAAAUUUUAAUUGACCUCCUAAAGAAUGUACCUUAAAGUAACUUUAAACUUAAGACUGCUAUAAUUCAAGCUUUCGAAUUAGCAAAUGUAUAAAAGCCCACUAUUGAUUUUAUCAUUGAAGAGCUUUUCAAAAAUGCAAGUGAUAAAAUGAUUGAAGUUAGAAAAGCAUGUUUGCAAACUUUGGAAAUACUAAGAAAUAGGGCAUAAGAUUCAAACAUUACUUAUCUUAAAUCUAGAAAUAUUCUUCCUUUAUUCUAUUUCUUUUUACAAGACAGCUCACCUGAAAUAAGAUAGUUGGCUCUAUAGAGUAUAUCAAGCUUUGGUCCUUAAGCAGAAUUGAUGUUCAUAGAAGGUUUAACCAAGGAUAAGAAUCCAAUAAUUAGAUAAGAAUGUGCAAAGGGAUUAGGAGCUCUUGGAGUCUAAAACUUUAGAGCUCUUUUAUUUGGACUUAAGGAUGUAAAUGAAGGAGUGAGAAAGUCUACAGCUUUAGCUAUUAAAAGUAAUUUUGUUGCAGAGUAGAUUAUUGAAGAAUUCUCUGAUAAAUAAAAUUAAUUACCAGCAUUGCUAUGUAACAUUAAAGAUAUAUUCGCUUUAUAAUUCUACAUGGAUGAAGACUGUAAAGUUAUUUUAGAAUAAAUUUUACAAGCUUUUGGAGAGACUGUAUAUAACAUCAAUAACAGUGGAAACAUUAACAUUAUUAAUGCAAACAACAAUCUUUCUUAAAGUUAUGGAGUUGUUGAUCCUAACUAGGGUGUAAAUAAAUCUAAAUAAUAGUAGUCAAACUAUUCAUUUAAUUAUUCAUUUGAUAAAUAAAACAACUAAUUACCAGUGACUAAUUAAUAUUAGAAAGAUGCUAAAUUAGGUGCCCAAUAACUAAAACCUAACUACAACAACAUAUAACAAUAAUAGAAAUCUCAGUCUUUGUAAUAUAAUAACAUUAAAUAAUUUAAACCAAAUAACUUUAUGAAUUGA